AUGGUGCAGCCCGGCAUAGGGCUCGACACGCCCAGGACAAAUGUCGGCGACGCGACAUACCUCAGCCGCGCACCAGACUUCGACAUCACACAAGAACCCUCGUUCCAAUCCCCGGGCAAGGAGCCAAAUGUCUUCCAGUCCCUGCGGGACGGCACAGCCCGCUCAGGCUUACGGACACCGCGCGGGACCAAGAACCGUGCCCCUUUCUCCGACAGGAUGAACCUGCCCGGCGGCAUCGGCGGCGCCGAGUUCACCCCCCUCCUCAAGUCUGCCACGCGAAACAGUGCCCGCCGGCGCAGUGGCAAGGAAAACGGCCUUACCACGCCCGCGCUGGGCAAGAUCAGCGAGGACAUGAGCCCCGUGCAGCCUGGCGAGAGCAGCAUGUUCAGAUCCAGAGACCAGUCCUACGUGGAACGCACACCGCUACCAGAUGCCGACAGCGAUAGCACCGCCUCGACACCAAUGAUUAUGCGGCGCGGCAAGGGCGGCGAUGGAGGCCCCUUGCAGGACGGCCAACAGCUGUCCCUCCGCGAGCAGGAGAACGUCAUCGACAAGAUCGAGAAGGAGAACUUUGGCCUCAAGCUCAAGAUCCACUUCCUGGAGGAGGCGUUGCGCAAGGCCGGGCCCGGCUUCGGCGAGGCAGCUCUCAAGGAGAACACCGAGCUGAAGGUGGACAAGGUCACCAUGCAGAGGGAGCUGCAGCGCUACAAGAAGCAUCUGACGUCCGCGGAGAAGGAUCUCGAGAACUACCGACAGCAGAUGGAACGGAUGCAGGAACUCGCAAGGAACAAGCAGGGGUCGCACGAGCACUCGGCCGAGCUCGAGAAGCUCCGCCGGGACCUGGACGAGAAGGACGCAGACCUCGAGGACAUGCAGCACCGGAUACAAUCAGACCUACAAAAUGUCGACAGGGUGGCGAAGCUCCAGGAUGAGAUUGGCGACCUCGAGGCUGAUCUCAGGGAGAAGGAGCGGGCCAUCAGCGAGCGCGACGACGAGCUGGACGAGCUGAGGUCAAAAGCCAGGCAGGCCGACCAGCACGGCCAGGAUGAGGUUGACCGGCUCAGGGACGACAUUGAAGACCUCCAGGCCAACGUGAAGGAGAAAGACCGGGUCAUCAGCGAGCACGAGAACGAGCUGGGCGAUCUCCGGUCCAGGGCCCAGCAGGCGGAGGAGAAGGCAAAGAGGGCUCAGAUACGCAUGAUCGAGCUCGAGGAAAACGCACAGGCCAGCGACAAGCUCGAGGAGGCCAGGGAGUCCAUCCAGGACCUCGAGGCACACGUUCGGGAGCUGGAGCGACAGGUCGAUGACGCACAGGAAAAGCUCGAGGACGCAGUGUCCGAGAAGGAACGCGCAGAGGCCGACCUCGAAGAGCUACAGGAGGAGAUGGCCAACAAGUCGGUGGUCACAAAGGGCCUGCCGAGGCAGCUGGAGGAGAAGCUCGCGCGACUCCAGGAUGAGGUCGAGGCGGGCCGCCAGGACUACGAGGCGCUGGAAAACCAGUACAACACCAAGCAGGCGGAGAUCGACGAUUUGAAACACAGGCUGAAGGAUUCUCGCCAGGAACGAGACGCCUCGGAGCAGGAGCGGCGGGCACUCGCCACGAGGAUAGAGGAGCUCCAGGCGGACCUGAACUACCGCAGCGACGAGAAGAACCUGCUGCAGAGCCGACACGAGGCGCUGGCUGCCGAGUCUGCCUCCCUGCAGCGAGAUGUGUCCCGCCUGCAGAAGUCGAUGGCCGAUCUCCAGGGCGACCUCGAACAGGAACGCCAGCACUCGUUGAGCAUCGAGCGGGAGCUGCGGGCACAGUACAAGGCCGACUUCGACAGGCUGAACAACGAGAUCUCCGACCUGCAAGCCGAGGUUCGCGAGAAGGAGAACCUUUACGACAACGACUGCGAGAAGUGGGAGACGGAGCGGCACAACCUCGAGUCGGAGCGUGACCGGGCGGAGGAGCGCGUGUCUGGGCUGCAGAAGACAAUCGAGAGGCUGAGGGAUGCCGAGGGCAGCCUGACCGACAAGGAAUCAAAGCUGCAGCGAGCCCUCCAGAGCGAGACGGAGCGACACCACAACGAAGAGGCGGUCCUCGGCAGACAGAUCAAUGACCUGCAGCAGGACCUCUCUGACCGCCAGCAGGUGCUCGAGGACCUCCGGAGCGAGCUCUCUGCCGUGCGCGACGAGCUCCGCCAGGCCCAGCUGGACAAGCAGGAAGCGGCCGAGAGGGCCGAGGGCCUGGAGGACGAGGUCGAGGUACUGCAGGUUGCCCUGGACGAGGAGAGCGAGAAGUCGGCCCAGGAGAUCGAGACCCUGACCAAGGAGUGCGACGACCUGCGACAACAACUAAGAGAGCUGCGCCGAGCAUCGGAUGCUGCCCAUGCCUCGACAGACUCCUCCCGCCAGACCGCCGAGCUGAACGCAAAGGCGAUGGAGCGCCUCGAGAAGCAGCUUGACGAGUACAGAUCCAACCUCACGAAAGCCGCCCAGGAGAAGAGAGCCAGCGAACGGGAGUGUGAGGAACUGCGGCAGCAGCUUAGGGAGUUGCGCAGGCUCACCGAGUCGGCAAAAGCCUCGACCGAUGCAACCCAUGAAGAGGCCGCGUACAACGCCAGAGCAGUCCAGCGCCUGGAGAGCCAGCUUGCAGAGUUCAAACACAAUGUCGCUCAGGUCACACAGGAGAAGAGGGACAUCCAGAGCCAGCUGACCAGCAUCAGGGGCGAGCUCCACUCGGUCCAGACCCGACUGGCCGAGACACAGGCAGAGCGGGAUGAGAUUGACAUCGAGCUGCAGCGCGCCAAGGAGCAGGACAACGACACGUUCCAGAUCGACCAGGAGAGGAUCAACCUCCGGGCCACCAAGGCACGCCUCGAGAACGAGAUCCGCCGUCUCAAGGAUGACAACAGGAACCUGGCGGACCAGCGGGACUCCCUGGAGAAGACCCUCGAGGACGAGCUCGACAAGGCGGAAGCCGAGGAGGAGCGCCUGAACCAGGAGAUCCUCUCGCUGCAGGCCAAAGUCAGGCAAGGCCAGGUCCCUGACACCCAGGACGUCUCCAAGGCCCGCCGCACGAUCCGAGAGCUGGAGCGCAAGAUUGCGAGCUACGAGCACCAGCUCGCCCAGGCCACCGUCCCCGUCGGCUCCCUGGAGGGCAACAGCGAGCUGUCGCUGAUCAAGCGCGACCUCUCCGCGGCGCGCCAGAAGGAGAUCGAGUUCAUGCAGAAGGAGGGCGACCACCGUGCCCAGAUCCGAGGUCUGAAGCGCCAGAUCGGGGACCUCGAGCGACGGGCGCACGAGGCAGACAUCUCACGCAUGGCCCAGUCACCCCUGUCAGAAAACGCCUCUGCCCGCAAGGCCGAGGUGUCCGAGCUCCGCCACCAGCUCUCGAGCGCCCACCAGUCGAUCGGCGAGCUCAAGAAGAAGCUGCGUGAGUCAGAGCGCCGUGCGGCAUCGGUGGAGCGCGAUCUCCAGCGGCACCUCGAGAACGUCGAGGAUGAGAAGAUGGCCCUGGAGCAGGCGCUCGAGGAUGCCCAGCUGGCGGCGGAGGAGGCCAGGGCCGAGCUGAACGAGGCGUCGAACAAGUACAAGCGCAAGGCCGAAAGGUACAGGAAGGAGCGCGACUCGAUGGCCGACACCCUGGCAAGCACCCGCCGCGACAUGCGCAACAACAUGUUCGACUCGAGCAUCACCUCAAACAUCAGCAGCGUGGGCAACGGCACCGUGACGAGCGAGGUGACGCGGGAGGAGCGCCACGACCUCUACUCGAUCCUCCGCAAGACGCAGAUCGACGCAGAGUGCCUGGAGCGGGAGGUGCGGGAGCACAAGGAGGCCCUCGACGAGCUCGUGGCACUCGAGAAGUCGCUGCGCGUCAAGCUCGACCGGGCCAGGUCCGAGCGCGCACAGUACCGGUCUGACGUGGAGCAGCUGCAGCGCGACAUGAAGCAUCUCAAGAGGGGCAAGGACGAGGCCGAGAAGAUGGCCGAGGCGGCCAAGGCGGCGGCAGCUGUGGCCCGCGCCCGCGCCACCGUGUCCUCCGUGUCCUCCUCCUCCGCGUGGAAGGGCAAGGAAAAGGAGGCCAGCAGGCCAGCACCGCGGCCUGUCGAGCUCGAGGAGGUGGACGACGAGGACAGCGCCGCAGAGCCCGCUAAUGACGACAACGCGGCGCGCGUGAUCCACUUCCGGGACGAUAACGACACCCAGGUGCACACGGACGCGAUCGUGCGGGCGGCAGAGGCUGCGGAACACCGCCACGUCAAGCAGAUGCGCGGCAUGACCAUGCAGAUGGAAUGGAUGCAGGCGCGGUGGGAGAGGGAGCUGAGGAUGCGGGACGACGCGGCGUUCGCGAAGAAGUACCUGCAGCUGGAGCUCAGCUCGAGGGAUGCCUGCAACCAGGCCGACCUCCUCAAGCUCGAGGGCGUCUUCAAGCAGCUGGGCAUGAAGGAGCGGCCGUACUCGCACGUGGCGGCGCACCAGCAGCGCACCAACGCCAAGCGGCCCUUCACGCUCAAGCGGCUGGCGAUCGCGCUCCGGUUCGUCGCCAAGCUGCGCAUCGCGGCGCGCGAGUGGCAGAAGCACGAGAAGACGCGCAAGAUGCUCCACGACAAGUGGGAGAGCUACAAGCGCGAGGACCGCAUCAGGGCCCACCAGCUGCGCUUCCGCGAGGCCCGCGCCGCCGCCGCGUUCGUCCCUGCCGGCGGCGAGGGGAGGCUCCAGGGUGCUGCUCUUCCCUGA